UGAAGUUUCUAGAUAACAGUAAGAAAGCGGACUCUCAUUUCGUAGGUAAAAUAAGAUUAUAUUAAGGGUAUUUGCAAUCAAGUCCAUUGUUAGUGAGAAACAAAUAAAUCAUAUACUUGUUUUGGAGUUUGAUUCGUAGCUUUAUUUCAUCUAAGUACACUGUGUUAUAACGUAGUACGAAACAUGUCAUACUCACGAAUAGCGUCUACCUCUCUGUCAAACAGUCAGGUUGUUACCUCUUUUGAGGUCAAAAAGAAAGAAUUAAGAGAGAGGAAAAUCCAACCGAGAAGGAAAACUGCGCCCAUUGUAAUGUUCUCCGCUGCGGUUGCAUUAGAGGACAGAGAGAGCCCAAGUCGCGCGGGGGAUGACCUUGGGUCAAUUCGAACAACUCGAGGAAGUAGUUUCAGAAGAAGCAGAGUUAGGUCCACAAAAGAGUCUGUCCAUCGAACACAGUCUAUGAGGACGAGUAGUAGGCCGCAUUCCUUAGAUCCUGCCAACAGAUCUCGCCAGCGGGUAGCGAGUGUCCCAAGAGAUAAUAUUACUAAAAGAUCUUCCUCCACUCAUUCCCUACCGCUUGCUGGGGAAGAAGGGGAUUAUCAGAGGCUCCGUAACUUCUCUAUUACACCGAAAGGCUUGAUUAACAGAGGUGACUCCUUCCGUUCCAAAUCACACAGUUCUCAGAGCGUGUCGUCUUCCGGGUCACAGUUACCUACUGCAGAAACCUCGGGGGAAGCCCACGAAGUACCUUCCCACUCAACCGUCAGGUAUCGGGUCGUAGUCCUUGGUUGUCCUGAAGUUGGAAAAUCGUGUCUUAUUACCCAGUUCACAACAUCAGAAUACAUCUGUGCUUACGAUGCUUCUUCAGAUGAACAAGAUGAUAAACUGGUGACAGUAGUGCUGAACAGGGAGGAGUCUGAACUGUUGUUUGUUGAAUACACUCUUUCCACAAAACCAGAUUCUUCACAACCAGUAGAAACAAUAAUGGACAACGCUGAUGCCUUCGUUGUCGUAUAUUCGUCUUGUGACAAAACAAGCUUUCGCAGGGCGCGAGAUACGUUACUGAGAAUGAGCAACACAAAAGAAAAAAGUUCAAAGGCUAUCAUCUUGGUAGGCAACAAAACAGAUCUAGCUCGGCUGAGGGUGGUGAAUACAAAAGAUGGUAAAGCCUUAGCCACAUCCAUUGGUUGUAAGUUCAUUGAGACUUCCGCAGGAAUUAACCACAACGUUGAUGAACUCUUGGUUGGGAUUGUAAGUCAGAUUCGAUUGAAGGAUCAGCGACUAGAAAGAGAUAGGGAAUCGGUCACUUUAGCCACUCCAGCAUUAGGGACUCCUUGCAAGGCCAAAGUUCUUAUUAGAAAACUGUUAGAAAAAACAGUCAUAAAGUCCAAGUCCUGUAAUAACCUACAUGUGUUGUAGAAUCGAAUCAAUUUUAAAUCAGUGUAGAAUUGAAGGUUAUAAUUUUCAGGAUCUCUAAAGCUAAAUCAGGCGUUCUUCUAGGUUAAGCCUUAUUCUUUCGGGAUUUCGAAAACUCCAGAUUUUGCUCAUAGCCUCAGGUCAAUCAAAACCACUUCAUUUUAUUAUUUAUUAAAAUUGUAAUAAAUUAAACGAUAACAUAACACAUUGGAAGUUAUCGCAGGUAAACAGUCAGAGCAUUGUUUAAUACACUAAAUUAUGAAAAUGGGGUUUAAUUUGAGUUUAGCAUGAUUUUAUGACGUGUUAAGCCUACAAUAAAACAAAAAGUUAUAAGUGUUUUUAAUUUUUGGAUAGGGAACAUUAUCGUAAACAAUAAUAAUAAAAGAUUUGUAUACAUAUGCAUAACGUAAAAAUGUUGCGCUAGUUGAUGGACCAUCUUUUAACCUUAGCAAAUUUUGUCGGCAUUAUCACAUUUUUACAUCUUUUAAUUGAAGUAUGUUCAUAUAUAUAUAUAUAUAAUUAUUUCUAUAUUAAAAUGGUAAAGAAGCAACACGUAUAUUAAUUGAACACUGCUAAACUAAACUGAACACAUUUCUAUUGUAUAUUCGUGUAUAUAGGACAAUAUGUGGAUUUAUAUGUUAAUAGUUAUAUUUGAAUGACACCAGAUGUUUCUAUAUUUUAUUCCACUUCUUUUCCAUUUUUUUACCUUACAUGUGAUGUGACUUCUAUUGUGCUUUAAAUUAUACGUGAAUAUAAAAGUAUACAUUAAAAAUAUCUGUUGCUUUUCUACUGUAUUUAUUUCGCGUGACUAUAAAUGUUUCAUUCAAACGAAUGCUCAUUUCAGAGGGUUCUUGAUUAACAAAUAUACAUAAAAUUAUUUUAUAACAUGUAUAUGAAUAAUAUAUAUGCUUUCUUGAAAUUAUUUUAUUGUUUUUUUUUCUUUGUACGACUUAUUUACUCGACGAUUACUGGCUAAGGAACUCAUUUAGCUAUUUUGUAAAAUAAUGGUUUGAUUUUUUAAUCUCACCGGGAGAAAAACAAAUCGUGGAAUAUGUUUUACUUGUAUCUCCAUCAAUUUGUAGUUUUGUAGUUAUUUACUAGAAUUUCCAGUUUGUAUGUGUUGUUCAAAUAUUAUUUUUUUUAAUUGAAGUGGUCUGGGAUUUGAAAACUCUUUUACGAAAAGUAGAAAUAUUAGUUUUCAAAUUUUACUUGUGACGGUGCUGAUUAUAGGUGUUAAAUGUCGAAAUCUUCAUUAAUCUUCGCUAAUAUUUGCAGAUACUUCCAAAAUUAAAAGUUUUGUUUUUAGCAGCUUUAGUACUUUAAUAGAGAAUGAUAAAUUAAAUAUUAUUUGAAAUUUUGUAAUCAGAAACACCGCGCAUGUAACUUCA